AAAAAAAAAUACAGCAACAAAAAAACCUUAACACAAAACCAACUCAGUCUGUUCCAGAUGCACACAUCAGCAGUGAGCUAACCCCAGUUGCAUCAUCCACACUGCAGGCAGGGCCAUGAGGGAUAUUUCUGCAGAAGGGCCUGCUUAUUUCAGCAGAGAAGAAAUGGCUGGGGUGGGACAUGUUAACACGUGUGUUCAUGUUCCUUAGAUUGCGUUUUGUGGGUUAUACCAGCAGAAUCUUUACAAACUGCAAGUGGAGAAAUGUUAUGUGUAAUUGGUAACCUCUUUUGCCUUUUGGCCUCUAAAAAUCUUGAUUUUAAUCAGUGAGAAUUUUCUUGUGUGUAUUAAAAUAGGGCUUCUUUUUAGGAAGAAAAUGUGUGUGUGUGUGUGUGUGUCCCCUAAGAGUCCUUUCGUCUGGAUGUCCUGCAGACGAGGCUCUGAAGUUCUAACACAGUGAAUGCUUGGGUUUCAGGUGUGGAUGCUGACGGGGGAUAAGCUGGAGACAGCCACGUGUACAGCAAAGAACGCGCAUUUGGUGACACGCACACAGGACAUCCAUAUAUUCAGACUAGUGACAAAUCGUGGGGAGGCCCACCUGGAGCUGAACGCCUUCCGCCGGAAGCACGACUGCGCGCUGGUCAUUUCUGGGGACUCGCUGGAGGUGUGUCUGAAAUACUAUGAGUAUGAGUUCAUGGAGCUGGCGUGCCAGUGCCCCGCCGUCGUGUGCUGCAGGUGUGCUCCGACGCAGAAAGCCCAGAUCGUGCGUUUGCUGCAGGAAAGGACUGGCAAGCUCACCUGUGCCGUAGGUGACGGAGGGAAUGAUGUGAGCAUGAUUCAGGAGGCUGACUGUGGAGUCGGAGUUGAAGGAAAGGAAGGCAAACAAGCAUCGCUCGCGGCAGAUUUCUCUAUCACUCAGUUUAAACAUCUGGGUCGUUUACUGAUGGUGCACGGACGGAACAGCUACAAACGGUCUGCAGCUCUCAGUCAGUUUGUAAUCCACAGGAGCUUGUGCAUCAGCACGAUGCAGGCUGUUUUUUCAUCAGUAUUUUACUUUGCUUCAGUCCCCCUCUACCAAGGCUUUCUCAUCAUUGGGUACUCCACAAUUUACACCAUGUUUCCAGUGUUUUCCCUGGUCCUGGACAAGGAUGUUAAGUCUGAAGUUGCGAUGUUGUACCCAGAACUCUACAAAGAUCUGCUUAAGGGACGGCCAUUGUCAUACAAAACAUUUUUGAUAUGGGUCUUAAUAAGCAUCUAUCAAGGUAAGAAAUCAACUUCUGCUUGUACUUCUGCAAGUUCUAAUGAAUAUCUGUUUGUAUUGUGA